UAUUGUUUUUUGAGUUUAUUUUCUCAUGAAGAGAAACUGAAAAAGUUUAUUCCCUUACAUUCUAAUGCGAACUAGAAAAAUACCACGUUUCCGAAGGAAUCAACCGUAUCGUCUGUCGGUUGCUUUAUUUUAUUUGUAAAUAGCGUAAAUCCCUCAUUUCUUGUAUGAUUGUUUCAAACUAUUAAAAAUAACAAUGCGUUAUCUAUAUCUUUAAAUUAUAUGCUAUUUUACUUGACACAAUGGCUUUAAUCAAUAUUUUUCGCCCAAAAUAUAUUUUCUGCUUAAAAUCAGUAAAAUUUUUUCCUCAUAGAAAUUAUAGUAAAAUAUUAUCUAAUUUUAGUCGUCAAAUUUUUCACAAUCAAACCUUUAAACACCCUCCUUGCACCUUCCUUAUAAGAGAAUCUUUACCAUGUAGUGUUGCAUGCACAAGGUAUAUGGCUGGCCAUUCCAAGUGGCAAAACAUUAAACACAUCAAAGCAGCGAAAGAUCGCGAAAAAAGUAUUACUUGUAGUAAAUAUGUUCGCCUUAUACAGUUUGCUGUUCGAGAAAGUGGUUCGGACCCUAAAACUAAUAGCAAGCUGGCAUCAUUGCUAGAAGAAGCAAGGAAAAAGAAUAUUGCUAAAGAAACUUUGGAAAAUGCUAUGAAAAAAGGAAGUAGUAAAAAUUUGAAAUUUGGAACUCUAGAAAUUUUGGGACCAGGUGGAUGCAUGAUUAUUGUUGAAUAUGAAGCUGCUAAUGAAUCACUUGCCAGGCAUGAAAUGAAAUAUAUAUGCAAAAAAUAUAGUGCGAAUAUUUUGAGUGGUGGAGGUCGUUGGCGGGCUGUUUAUGAAAAGAAGGGAAUUAUAACUGCUGUCAAAGAACUAAAUGGAGAAGUUUUAAAUGAAGGUAAAGCCCUGGAUUCAGCCAUUGAAGCUGGUGCAGAAGAAGUGCAAAUGAAAGAAAAUGAGGAAGGACAAAAUUUUCUUGAGUUUGUAUGCUCUCCUGAUGAUAUUAAUCAAGUAAAAAAGGAAUUGGAAAAGCUAUAUGAAGUUCAAGAAAACUAUAUAGCCUAUAUUCCCAUUACUAGUGUACAGAUAAAUGAUGAAGAUAUGAACUUAGUAGAUGGGUUUCUAGAAGAAAUGGGAAAUUUAUCAGAUGUUAUUAGAAUAUAUGAAAAUGUACAGUAAAAUUACAUUAAAUAAGGUUUUUAUUGGUUUGAAAAAUAUUGAUUUGUAUCAAUAAACAUUGUUUUGUUGA